AUGACUAGUACCUGGGCGCAAACCCAGCGUGACGGCUGGCUAUGCGACCUCUACGGCAUUGACAGCAGCGACGGCACACGAAGUCUACCCAAUGAUUCCGUGCAAUCGCAACUCGUCAGUGUGCUAGAGGCCGUGCUAUCAGGCACGUCGUCGCCCAAAGACGCAGCCGCUAAAACGGCAUUGCUCAUCAUGUCCCAAGUGGAUGUCGGCACGCCUUGGUGUAACCUCGUGGGGAUGUACCUUGACGCGGCCCAGACCUUCGGAGACGACAAGGAGUUGAGGGCGUUGGUGGACUACUUUGUGGAGUUGGCGAAGCUCCCUGAUGCCGUCAACGAGGGGCCUGGAACAAAGACGUUGGAUAUUGGGGGAGGCCAGAUACGCCGUAUCGAACCAGGCCAGACGGUCGCGUUUGAAGAAGGCAUCCUAUGGAGCGACCUACCCACCUUUUCCUGGAACGUGACCGAGAGGUUCCAAGGGCCCGAGAGCUACCUUGCCAACCUACGCUCGCCGGCAUCCCCUGAAGCUGCAAAAACAGCCUGGAAAAAUAUCAAUACCUACUUGGCUCUCCUCGCCAGUAAUCCUGCUGCCCAGAGCAUACCUCGUCUCGCAGGCAAGGCGAGACUAGGCCUCAUGGCCUUGUCCAUAGCGCUGGAGCAUUCGCCCGACACACGGCUUGGGCAGAACGCAGAGUUACACGCGCCCGCCGCAGCACAGUGGUUUCGGAUCGCGAGAGACGAGCUUGAGACACUCUGCAUAAAAGGGACAGAGCGAUUUUAUCCCGGGGAUCUUUGGGCGGGCGGCGACGUAUGUGACAGGGCAAGGUUGCAAUUCUGGAUGACUAGGAUGGUAGAAUUGGGAUACUAA